AUGGGCAAAUCUACUAGUAAUUUGUAUGACGUAAAACCCGCCAAGACCCAAACGCCGAAUGCACCGCUCGCCGAAUAUACCGCCGCGAAUGCACCGCUCCCAACACAUCCCGCAACAAAGACAGUCGUGCUUGUAUGUGACGGCGUGAAGUUGGCCAUCACAUAUAACCUGAGCGGGGCCUUGCGGAGGGUUCGCCAUACCCACGGUGCUGUCAGGGUACUUGUAUGGCUGGGACCAGCAGAGGAUGAGGAUGAGACUCGCUCCGUCUUUACCCUUCUGGAGCGGCUCUGGGACCAGGCUGACAAGAAUGAUGCGAACGGUUCAAAGACUUUGACACACUCGAGUAUACAAGAACUUCUCAACGGAUUCUUACAACGGCGCAUAGAGCUUCAACCUGGUGCGAUACCUGCGACCUCAUCUCCUAUGUGGGUGUAUCUUGCUCGUUUCCAUGCCCAGCCUUGGUUCACCCGUGUUUGGAUCAUACAAGAAGUCGCUGUUUCGUCAUCAGCAUUGAUGAUGUGUGGUAGAGCUGAGAGCGACUGGCACAAAGUCGGAUUCAGUUCACUAGUGCUUUAUGCACAUAUUCUUCAGGAUUAUCCUGUGAUGAUAGGCGAAAAUCCGGCCUUCUGGGGGUUCUAUAGCCAUAUCGCUAAUUGUGCGACAAUGUGGAACUGGUCACUGUCUAACAUCACCGGGCGUUCAACAAAUAGACUCUGCGACCUGCUCGAGGACGCAAGAGAUUUUGAGGCAACCGAUCCGAGAGACAAGGUGUUUGCCUUAUUAGGUCUACCAUACGCGUCCGCUACCCUUGCAGAUUUCAGAAGUGAUCCCCUGUUAUUGGUGCCAGACUAUACCAGGUCUCAUGACCAGGUCUACCGAGAUGUGACUAGAAAACCUAUUAAAGAGAUGAGGUCUCUGGAUGUUCUGUCUAGCGUUAAUCAUGACGAGGACGCUCUAUCCAAGUCACCUUCUUGGGUACCGCGCUGGAAUCGAAAGAGAUAUAGCUCAGCAUUGGAACUAUGUACGAUUCGCCCCUUUUACCAAGCAUGUUCAGACUUGCCAACCUCGCUUUACGAGUCUGCCCACGAAGACAUCUUGAGUCUACGGGGACUAAUUUUCGAUACCGUAACUAGUGUUGGGCAUAUCAUCAACACAAUGGAGUAUAGCCUCAACGAAAGAGCUUCAGACCCAACGCUGGCUGUACAUUCCUGGAUAGAUGAUAUGAGCACGACCGAGACAUAUCCCAUAGGCGAACCUCUUGAUGCCGUAUACAGCAUAACUCUCGUUGCAAACUCACGAGAUGGCUUUGUGCCUGCUGAUGAGAACCUCACGCAGCAUCUAGCUGAUUUUUACGCCUACCUUAUUGGAUACUUUCAGCUGACCUUGCCAGAUAGACCAAUUGAUACUGCUCUGCGUGAAGCAGCCAAGUCCGGUAAUGGAUCUCGAUUUUCGGUGGCCGAUCCCCUUGUGUGCGACUUUCGAAGACUCUUUACCACCUCCAAGGGUUAUAUUGGUUUGGGACCUAGCGCGUUGCGAGAGGGUGAUCUGGUUUGUGUGCUGUUUGGGGGCAUUGUCCCCUUUACGUUGAGACAAGAAGAUGGUGUGUAUCGGCUGGUUGGCGAAUCCUACGUUCAUGGCUUGAUGCACCGUGAAGCUAUCCAAGAAAUGAUAGAUGGUCAACUGUCGGAGAUGACCUUCGAUAUUCAUUGA